GAGGAGUUACUUCCGCUUCCGGAGGUCUAAGGCGUGCGGCUCUGGGUUUGCUUUGCUGCAAAAUGCGACCCCUGACCGAAGAGGAGACCAGCACCUUGUUCCAAAAGCUCUCGAAAUAUAUUGGAGAAAACAUUCAGUUGCUUGUGGACCGACCCGAUGGCACCUACUGUUUCCGACUCCAUAAAGACAGAGUCUACUAUGUAAGCGAGAAGAUUCUGAAGCUGGCAGUGAAUAUCUCCCGGGAGAAGCUGGUGUCUCUGGGGACCUGCUUUGGGAAGUUCACUAAGACCCAGAAGUUCAGAUUGCACAUCACUGCCCUGGAUUACCUGGCACCCUAUGCAAAGCAUAAAGUAUGGGUGAAACCUGGAGCAGAGCAAUCAUUCUUGUAUGGGAACCAUGUGUUAAAGUCUGGCCUGGGUCGAAUCACAGAAAAUACUAAUCAGUAUCAGGGACUGGUGGUGUACUCCAUGGCAGAUGUCCCUUUGGGUUUUGGUGUGGCAGCCAAGUCCACGCAGGACUGCAGGAAGGUGGACCCCAUGGCAAUUGUUGUGUUUCACCAAGCCGACAUUGGGGAAUACGUGCGUCAUGAAGACACACUGAUUUAAUUCCUCUUAUGGACUUGUGACCAGGAUUUUUUUCCUGUGGGAGUGGCUGAACUACCAAUCCACCCUCUUAGUGACCUAUGCCAUGACUUGUGGAUGCACUUGGUUUUCAGUUGGCCAUUCUUACUAUUGCAGGGGCACUGGGGCCUAGUGCAUCAAAUACUGUACUCGGAAGUUGGAAGACCGGGGCUUGAAUCUGCUGCUUGGCAUAGUGCCUGGCACAUAGUAGGCGCUUAAUAAGCCUUGAAUGAUUGUCAUCUCUGACACUUAGCAGCUGGGUGAUCCCAUGCAGUACUUCACUGGAUUCACCUGGUUGUUGUGAGGAUCAAAUUGGAGAUAAAGUACUUGGGGCAAAAGUGGGGGGGAAGUCUUAAGCUUUCGUUGUAAACAAUUGCAGGGUGAGCACUUGUUUAACAAGAAAAUGAGAUAUUUGAACCUCUUUUGUUUAAUACUGAUUAAAUUGAAUACCAUGUUUUAUACAGAA